AUGAUAUUCAAAAUAAAUAAAAUAAAAAACGUUCAUAUGUACGAUGUUGCCAUUAUUUUAAUUUUAAUAAUUGUGGUUUUCAAAUUAAUAAAAUCUGAAGAUUCAAAAUUUUUAAAUAAUAAUGUCCAGUUUGAGCAAACAAAAGAUAAUAAAUUUGGAGUGAAUUCAACAAAAUUAAACUUUUUAUUUAAUUUUUUAUCCUCAUCUUCAAAUAAAAGUGUUUUUGAAAUUCAAAAAAAGAAUAUAAACAACAACUACAACAACAAUAAUUACAAUAAUAAUUCUAAAAAAAGUUACAAUUACAUUAUUGUAGGAGAAUUGAAUAGAAAUAAGAUUAUAAGGCCUUCUGAUAUUCAAAGAGAAAUUAGUGAAAUUAAUACUGUAGAGAAAACUGUUGAUAUUAAAGAAAAAAGAUUAGGAAGUUUUAAAAGAGGAGUACUUAAAAUUCCAUUGGCAUUUGUUCAAAUGAUUGCUAUAUCAAUUGCUUUAAUAUGUCUUUUAAUCCCUUAA